AUGCUACUCUUAUCUACUGUCAGCUCAUCAUUCCAGCCUGCUCUGGUGAUAGAAAUGGCCAAGAUCCUUUCGGAAAACUACUGCUUCCCUGAGAACCUGGUUGGGAUGCAGGAGGCCAUCCAACAAGCCAUCAACAGAGGAGAAAUCCAACAGAUUUCAGACAGGAAGACUCUGGCAUCUGUGCUAACAAACAGAGUACAAGGGGCACUGAACGAUCCACGAUUGAUUGUUUCAUACGAGCCGAAAGCCGUCCCAGUGAUGCCACAGAUACUGUCGUCUCUCCCCACAGAGCAGUUAAUCAGGCUGGUGAGAAACUCUGUCAAGCUGGAUAUCCUGGACAAUAACGUUGGAUAUUUGCGGAUGGAUCGGAUCAUUGGGGAGGAAACAGCCGCAAAGCUCGGAUCUCUGCUGAGGGACGACAUCUGGGACAAAGCUGCUAACACCUCUUCACUGAUUUUGGACCUGAGGUAUAGCACAGCUGGAGAAAUGUCUGGAGUUUCUUUUAUAAUCUCCUAUUUCUCAGAUCCUGAGCCCCUCAUUCAUGUUGAUACUGUCUAUGACAGGCAGUCGAACAUAACUAAAGAGCUGUGGACCAUGCCGUCAAUAAAGGGGGAAAGGUAUGGAAAGAAGAAAGACCUGAUUGUUUUGACUAGCAAGCGUACCAUGGGGGCUGCUGAAGCGGUGGCAUAUGCUUUAAAAAACCUAAAGAGGGCUAUCACAGUUGGGGAAAGGUCUGCUGGUGGGUCAGUAGAAGUAGAAAAGAUUAGGAUCCCUCAGUCAGCUUUCUACAUAACAGUUCCUGUGGCAAGAUCAGUCAGUCCAAUCACAGGCCAUAGCUGGGAAGUAAGUGGCGUUCCCCCAACAAUCAACGUCAACGCCAAGGAAGCUGUCGCAAAAGCCAAGUCCCUUUUGGCUGUAAGAGGUGCCAUCCCAAAAGUUGUGCAGAGUAUCGCAGAUAUAAUCGAGAGGUUCUACGCUUUCACUGACAGAGUUCCAGCUCUACUGGAACAUCUGAAGACUACAGACUUUUCCACUGUUGUAUCUGAGGAGGACCUUGUAGUCACACUCAACCAGGACCUCCAGACUCUGUCCGAAGAUCCUCGACUGAUCAUCAAAUACAUGCCAGACAAUGCUGACACAGUAGAGGAGGGGGACCCUGCGCUUGACAACGUUCCAGAAGAUUAUGAAUCACUAAAAGCACUGGUAGAUACAACGAUCAAAGUCGAAAUACUCACAAACAAUACUGGCUAUCUCCGCGUUGACAAGUUUUUCAAGUUGUCUGAAGGGACUAAGCUAGAAACGAUCGUGGCUAAAAAGGUGUGGGAGCCCCUCAAAGAUACUAAAAACCUGGUUGUUGAUCUACGCUAUAACACUGGUGGAUCAUCUACCUCUCUAGCUCUGAUACUUUCCUAUCUGCAUGAUUCUUCCCAGAAGCUUCACUUUUUCACAAUAUAUGACCAAAUUCAAAACAUAACAACAAUAUAUGACUCUUUGCCUCAAAUGAAAGGCCAUACCUACGGCUCAAGACGUGGGGUUUACGUGUUAACUAGCUACAACACAGCAAGCGUUGGCGAGGAAUUAGCCUACCUGAUACAGUCCCUACAUCGCGGCACAGUCAUUGGGGAAAUUACUUCCGGGAACCUGAUGCAUUCAAAGACGUAUGAAAUAGAGGGGACAGAUAUUGCUAUAACUGUCCCUGUCAUAAACUUUUUAGACAACAAUGGGGAAUACUGGCUAGGAGGUGGUGUGGUACCAGAUGCAAUUGUGUUAGCCGAGGAAGCUGUGGAACACGUUCAUGAGAUUGCAGAUUUACACCAAGGGCUCAAAUCCCUCAUAGAGGGAACUGGGGAAUUGUUAGAAAAACACUAUGCAAUCCAUGAAGUUGCACUGAACGUCAGCAAAGUACUGAUGAACAAAUGGGAAGACGGAAUGUAUUGGUCUGUGAUCGACUCGGACUCUUUGGCAUCUCUGUUGACUGCAGACCUCCAAGAGACUUCGGGCGAUCACCGCCUCCAUGUCUUCCACUGCGACAUUGAACCAGACUCGCUUCAUGACGUCCCAGAGAUCCCUACUGCUGAAGAAGUGGGACAAGUAAUUCAUUCUGUGUUUAAAACUGAGCUCCUGCACGACAACGUUGGCUAUCUAAGGAUGGACAUGAUGCCAGAUGUAGAGGUGGUAAAAGCCAUUUGGCCUCAGAUGGUGAAACAAGUGUGGCGCAAGAUAGUCAACACAGGUGCCCUCAUUAUUGACAUGAGGUACAACACUGGUGGGUAUUCAUCAGCAGUUCCCCUACUGUGUACCUAUUUCUUUGAGGAUAAGCCAUUGCAGCAUCUUUACACCGUCUUUGACCGCACCAAAUCCACCAUGACAGAAGUGAUGACUUGGCCUAAAGUCAGAGGUCAAAGGUAUGGAUCUUCCAAAGGUGUCUACAUCCUCACCAGUCACUUGACAGGAUCAGCAGCUGAAGUGUUUAUCCGCUCUUUGAAGGAUCUGAACAAAGUCACAAUCAUCGGAGAGCCAACGAUUGGAGGGUCUCUAUCAAGUGGAACCUAUCAGAUCGGGAAAAGCGUUCUGUACGUGUCCAUCCCUAACCAGGUUGUGUUUAGCGCCAUCACUGGGAACAUGUGGAGUGUUUCUGGGGUUGAGCCGCAUGUCGUAGCUCAGGCGAAUGGGGCUCUUUCUGUGGCACAGAGACUCAUAGCAGCAAGGCAAUUGAAGAAAAAGCAAGGAAAAUAG